GCACCAGAGUGCCUGUCUGCUGGGGUGGCCGGCCAUGCCCCCACCUGUGUGAUUGGUCUGGAUGCCAGCUGGGGCCAGGCCUCUUCUGUGCCUUCACUAUCUGGUCCUUUCUGGUAAAUGUACACCUGGUUAUGCAGAAUGGUUGUUCUAGGCCCAGAGAAGUGGCUGCAGCAGGACUGAGCCCAGGAGGCCCUGGAGGGCAGGGUCUGUCUGGAGACCAGGGUCCCCAUCCUCACCAUGGGGCAGAGGGGCACACUCCCGAGAACUGCACACAGAUGGCUACACUGACUCUGAAAGGCCCUGAGCCUCAGAGGCUGCCUCACAAGGUGGACGGGCCAGGGAUGCUCUGUGGGCCACGGGCCGGUGCUCAGCACCUCCCCCAUCUGUCAAGCUCCUUUGCAGGUGACCAGGAGGUUUGGUGGCUUCUACCUUGUUUCUUUCCAGGGAUGAUCCUGGGGGUCCCUGGGGUAGGUGGUCAGGAUUGGAGAGAAGCCUGGGGCUGGGCCUUCCACCCUGGCCAUGCCACGUGCCUGGGACAUCCCUUCCCACAGUAUCCAUGGCUUCCUUGGGGGGUCACUCCUGGCAGUGUUUGUUUGGGCCUGGGGGGAAGCGUGUGUCAUGGUUCUCCAGUGCUGGUGUCCGAAAGCUGAGACCCUCUUUGUGGACUCAGCUCGGGCUAGAGGAUAGUUUAGCACCGGGAAGUUCAUGCUGCAACAUGGCCUUCUCUUGGAGCUGUGGGUCUGGGGCCAUGGAGACCUCUCAGGUAUUUUCCUGCUUCUCAGCCAGCCUCCUGGGGCUGUGUGCACAAGUGUUGGACUCCUGCAGAGUCCCCUGAGUGCUGCUGAUGGCACUUCAUGCCGAGGGCAGCCUGAUGGGACGGUGCACUAGGACCGGGCAACAGGACACCGACAGUUGCUGGCAGGGCCUUCUCACUUGGCCUUGUCAGUCUGCUGGGUACCUUUUCUUUUUGUUGGAGAUGGGGUCUAGCUCCGUCACCUAAGCUUAAGUGCAGUGAUACGAUCACGGCCCACUGCAGCCUCAACCUCCUGGGCUCCAGUGAUCCUCCUGCCUCAGCCUCCCAAAGUACUGCUAUUCAGGCAUCGGCCACUGUGCCUGGACUGGUUUGUUUUUUAACAAAGUCAGGACGUCUUGUUUUUCUUUCACUUUCUUCAAGGUGAAAGUGAUUUGGCUCCGCCAGCUGCUGUGCUGAUCCAUUUACUGGCUGCUGGCUUUCUGCCCUUCCCCUGGCCCACCCAGCUUCUUUUGUGUCCUUGAGCCCCUGCCCCAGGACGGCCAUGGCCACGGCCACCGAAUACCCUCGGAGCGGCCCCCUGGAUGCCCCACUCCAACGUCUUUGUUUAGUUUCUGGCAGAGUGGCUCUCACCUGUGCUCUGGGGUGAACUGCCUGGCCCAGCUCCGUCCUCCUCGGCUGCACACGGAUAGUCCGUGGCCCCAGCCUCUCCCAUCUCGCCCACCCCUCUCCAGGGGCCCAGGUCCCCAUGCACAUCUGUUGGUUGGGUCUGUGCCUGUGCAGGGCUGUUACGUCCUGGCUUGGCCAGUGGCUUGGGUCUCUCCCAUCCCCAGCAGCACCACGCUCCUGGCAGCAGGCUGUCGGACCGAAGCCAGUUUUCUCAUCACACAAGUGAGUGGCUGCAGCGGGAAGCAAGCCCUGGGCCAUCUCCUUAUCCGUGCCCGACUCUGAUCCCGCCUGUGCAGAGGCGCUGAGAUGGGCCGGCCGCCUGGGCCAUGGUGUGUUUGUUUAACUUUAACUCCUGACAGCGAUUCUCUUAACAGUUUCCUCCCGCUGCUUCCCCUGUAAACUAGCUGCGUUGACUGUCAGUGCCCCCUUGCUGGCGUGGAGCAGCAGCCUGGUGUCUUGGAGCCUGCAGGAAUGUUCGCAGCCAGGUGCUGCCCACCUACGACAGCCUGGAUGAGCCAUCGGUGAAAACCAUGAGCUCCAUAUUUGCCUCCUCCCUCAACGUGGUCACCACCUUCUACGUCAUGGUGGGAUUUUUCGGUUACGUCAGCUUCACCGAGGCCACAGCCGGCAAUGUGCUGAUGCACUUCCCCUCCAACCUGGUGACGGAGAUGCUCCGUUUGGGCUUCAUGAUGUCAGUGGCUGUGGGCUUCCCCAUGAUGAUCCUGCCAUGCCGGCAGGCGCUGAGCACGCUGCUGUGUGAGCAACAGCAAAAAGAUGGCACGUUUGCAGCCGGGGGCUACAUGCCCCCCCUCCGGUUUAAAGCACUUACCCUCUCUGUGGUGUUUGGGACCAUGGUUGGUGGCAUCCUUAUCCCCAACGUGGAGACCAUCCUGGGCCUCACGGGUGCAACCAUGGGAAGCCUCAUUUGCUUCAUCUGCCCGGCGCUGAUCUACAAGAAAAUCCAUAGGAACGCGCUUUCCUCCCAGGUGGUGCUGUGGGUCGGCCUGGGCGUCCUGGUGGUGAGCACUGUCACCACGCUGUCUGUGAGUGAGGAGGUCCCUGAGGACUUGGUGGAGGAAGCCCCGGGUGACCAGCUUGGAGAGGCUGAGGGUCUGAAGGAGGUGGAGGCAGUGCGGCUCUCAGCCCAGGAUCCGGUCGCGGCCGUGGCAGAGGAUGGCCGGGAGAAGCCGAAACUGCUGAAGGAGAGAGAGGAGCUGGAGCAGGCCCAGAUCAAGGGCCCUGUGGAUGUGCCCGGGCAGGAAGAUGCGAAGGAGGCACAGGAGGCAGCGCAGCUGGAUCGCCCUGGGCAAGGGAUUGCCAUGCCCAUGGGCGAGGCCCACCGCCAUGAGCCUCCUGUGCCUCAUGACGAGGUGGUGGUAGAUGAAGGCCAAGACCGAGAGGUACCAGAAGAGAACAAGCCUCCGUCCAGAGACACAGGCGGAGAAGCUCCGGGGGUCCAGGGCCAGAUGGCACCACCUCUGCCCAACUCAGAAAGAGAGAAACGGGAGCAGGAGCAGGAAGAGGCUGGGAAGAGGCCUGGACAGGCCCAGGCUUUGGAGGAAGUGGGUGAUUUUCCUGAAGAUCCCCAGAAAGUUCCAGAAGCAGAUGGUCAGCCAGCUGUCCAGCCUGCAAAAGAGGACCUGGGGCCAGGAGACGGGGACCUGCAUCCACGGCCCCAGGCAGCACUAUCUCAGGAGCAGAAGGCCCUGGCAGUGGGUGAAGAGGAAAAGGCCAAUGGGGUGCCACCACCAGGCAAUGCUGCCGGGGACAUGGGGCAGCCCACAGAGGACAGCGACCACGGUGGGAAGCCUCCCCUCCCAGUGGAGAAGCUGGCUCCAGGGGCUGGGCUGCCAGCCGAGCCUCGAGAGCAGAGGGACGUGGAGCGAGUGGGCGGAGACCAGGCGGCCAGCCAGCUGGAGGCUGAAAUUAAAAAGAUAGUAGCAGAAGCUGGCAGGGCGGAGAUGCUGGACCAUGCCGUCCUGCUUCAGGUGAUCAAAGAACAGCAGGUGCAGCAAAAGCGCUUGCUGGACCAGCAGGAGAAGCUGCUGGCGGUGAUUGAAGAGCAGCACAAGGAGAUCCACCAGCAGAGGCAGGAGGACGAGGACGACAAGCCCAGGCAGGCAGGUGUGCAGCCAGAGCCUGGAGUGGCGGCACCCAGAGGCCAGGAGGCCCCUGAAGGCAAGGCCAGGGAGAUGGUGGAGAAUCUGCCUCCCCUGCUUUUGGACCCUGUCCUCAGAGUUCCUGGAGGCCACCCCGCUCCAUCCCAGGAUCUUAACCAGCACUCCCUGGAGCACCUUGAGGGGGCUGUGGGCAGAGAGCCUGCUGGCCUUCCUGAUGGUGGCUCUGACACGGAGCCACCGCCAGCCCCGGCCAAGCUAAGAGACGGCCAGAAGGAUGCUGCCCCUAGGGCAGCUGGCACAGUGAAGGAGCUCCUCCCUCAUGUUGCGGAACAGGUGCCUGUGCCGGACCCCGCCAGGGAAGCUGGGGGCCCAGAGGAGCGCCUCGCAGAGGAAUUCCCCAGGCAAAAUCAGGAUGUUCCUGGUGGUAGUUCCCAAGAAAGGAAGAAACCUGGGAAGGAGGUGGCAGCCACUGGCACUCGCCCUCUGAGGGAAGCCAACCGGCUCGAGUCAGGGCCCGGAGCAGAGACAGGGCACCUUCACGUGAAGUCCAAGCAAAUGAGCCGAGGCCUGGACCUUGCAGCAGGCCUGCCUGGCAAGGCGGAGGGAGCAGCCCUUCAGCCCCAGGCUGCAUUACGCCCGCCGGAACCACGGGUCAUUUCUGAUGGCGAGCAGGGUGGACAGCAGGGCCACCAGUUAGACCAUGGCAGUCACCUGGAGAUGAGAAGGGAGGCCCAUGGCGGGGACCAUGUGCCUGUGUCCCACAAGCAGCUGGGAGGUGGGGAGGACACUGCUGUCCAGGAGCCCAGGCAGAGGCCAGAGCCAAAGCUGGGGCCCAAACGAGCUGCCCCCGUGGCCCAGAGGCCAGACAAUGCCAAGCCCAACAGAGACCUGAAGCUGCAAGCUGGUUCCGACCUCCGGAGGCGGCGGCGGGACCUGGGCCCUCGUGCAGAGAAUGAGCCGGCCCUGAGGGACGGGGUCAUCAUUGGCUUUAACCCCCCACCUGAUGUCCAGGUGAACGACCUCCAUGGUGCCCUGGACGCUCAGCUCCGCCAGGCUGCUGGGGGCGCUUUGCAGGUGGUCCACAGCCGGCAGCUUCGACAGGCACCCAGGGUUCUGGAGGCCUAGCACCUGUUAGCCAUUAGGGCCACGCCCGCCACCGUCAGGACAGCAGCAGGUCUCUCCCCGCCACAUUCUGGCGGAACUCUGGAGGUCACACAUACUCUUCCCCAGGGUUUCACGUCUGAGGCCCUCACCAAGUGUGAGUGAAAGUAUAAAAGAUUUCACUGUCUGUGGCAUUGUUUCCAGAAUGUUCUUGCUGUUAUUUGUUGCACCUCUUCGUCUGAGGUCCUCUAACCUCUCGACUCUGAGCUCACUACAGUCCAUGAGAAACGGCCUCCAGGGUGAGCUGGCCGGCGCGCUUUCUCCCAGGCUCAGGCUGGGGAGCCACUGCGUCUGGGGCCAAGCCUUCCGCUCCUGCUGGGAGCACAUCUUCAGGUUGAGUGGAGGCACAUGUGGCUGCCGAUGGUCCCAACACAGGAUACCGUGAGAGCCAGCGUCAACCCCAGACAUCAGUGACUCCGAUUUUUCAGUUUAUUGAUGUUUCCCACAGUGUGGUAGAAUUCUUGAAUAAAUUGUUGUGCCUUCGCC